UUAAUGACUAAUACGGAUCCCAGGGCUACUGGUUUCCAGAAUACAGAGAAGGUUACGGCUGCAUCUCAAGGGGUUCAGUCUGCAGUGACUCAGGAUCCGAGUACAGGUGUAAGGAUCGUAUGGGUGAUGGGGCAUUCGUUUAUAUACUGGGCCAAUGCUGAGGCCAGUAAGAAAAUGGGCGGCCUUCAGCUUGGGUGUCCUGUUGAUCAAUGGGAGGUCAAAUGGUUUGGGAUUAGGGGCAUGUGCUGGGAACUCUUGUUUCCGUUGUUUCUAGACUAUGGCAGAAUGUUUCCUCGUCCUCAUGUUUUGAUAGUGCAUUUGGGGGGAAAUGAUUUAGGUAUGAUUCCUCAAAAAGAAUUAGUGAGAAGAAUCAAAAGGGAUCUGGGCAAUAUAAAGGAACUUUAUCCCGGAAUUAAAAUAAUCUGUCCGUCUUCCAUCCGAGUAGGCUCCAAACAGUUUGGUGUCCGCUGUGCUUUGCAAAGGAUUUUUGCAAAAAGGAAUGAUGCUAUAGUGUGCAGGGAAGGAAAAUUGUUUAUUCAGUUGCAAGAGACAGACACAGAGGACUUUGUUUCCCAGCGCUACCUACACUAUACCAUCUGGUCCCUGCUCUUAUUGGCUGCAUCCCCUCACAUUACAAGCAAUUCAUCAUAUACUCUUAUAUCACAUAACACCCCAGUUAAAGCAUCCCUGCAGCUUUCAACAACAGAAAGGCCACGUAGCCAUAACUAA